UAACAACCAUAACGUUUCGUUGGCAUUGCGCAGUUGAAAUUUUUUGCUAGACUAAGAGUAUUCAGGAGAAAAAAUGUACGGCCGCUUAGGAGAUUCGCGUUAUCCUUUAUUUCCCAAUAUUAAUCCUUUCCUGUAUCCAUCACAAUUUGCCGGUAUUGCUCCGGGAUUUCCAUUUGGAUCGUAUCCGUUCCCACUGUUUCCUCCGCUUCCAUUUGGGCAGCAGUGUGGAACUAUUUUGGAUUCUUCGCCUAAACCGGUCAAACAUCAAAAACCUCCGUACAGCUAUAUAGCUUUAAUCGCCAUGGCCAUCCGCGCCGCUCCGGAUCAGAAAGUGACUUUAAGUGGAAUUUACAAAUUUAUAAUGGACAAAUUUCCUUAUUAUCAUGAAAACAAACAAGGCUGGCAGAACUCGAUUCGACACAACCUUAGUCUGAAUGACUGCUUUAUAAAAGUUCCUCGAGAAAAAGGUAAACCGGGAAAAGGAAACUACUGGACUUUGGACCCGAACUGCGAAGAAAUGUUUGAGAACGGCAAUUUUCGUCGGCGAAAACGAAAAUCGAAGAUAACCACGAAGCAGCUGCCCAAUAGUAUGCCACUGCGCAGUGCAACGGCCGAUUCAUCCCGUGACAGCAGUCCCGUAUCAGAACAGCCAACAGAAGAGCAUUCAGUAAAGGUGCAAGCGCAGUCAACAAAGGCCGAUGGACUGCCCGGUUCAGUGCUACCAUUCGGUAUCGAUAAAUUGAUUGCAAGGACAGAUAUUCCCGAUCUCCACAACGACCAGCACACGUGGACACGAAUCAAUACUUCCUCACGUCAUGCACAAAGGUCAUCCAGCUCCGACACUGCGGAAGAUGAACUGGAACGGUUGGUGACCUUUCCAAGUAUUAGAAAAAGUGGCGCAUUAUUGCAUCGAAAGAGCGUUCUUAAAGCUUAGAUAUGGCGAAUUUAUAGCGUUAUCGAUCGAAACUUUAUUUAGUAUUAAUGUAUCACCAAAUAUUUCAUUUUUGGCUGAACUAUAGUACUUGAGGCAGCAAUUUAAUUGCUAUACUUGUAUACCACGUUAUAUAUUUCUGCUAAUUAUCGUCGUUUGAGCAUCUUUGAUAAAGCCGCUCAUACUGCAAGACAGCAUUAACUAGUAAUAUUGGU